AAGUGGGUGUGUCAGAUAUAGGGAGACAUACAAAACGUGCAGUGCUUCAUGGAGAGAGCCCACAUGCCUCUAUAUUGUAGUCGUUUCAUGGUUGCACCCUGCAAACGGACUUUGGGAAACACUUCUGACCACAGGUCCAGAAUGUUCAGACGAUGCUGGAGGAAGUUGUGGCGUCCAGAGAGGCCAUAUACUGGCUCAGUGACUGAGUUCAGAAAUUCGGAGAUGUCAACCCAAAAUGAGAAACCCUUUCACACACCGGUCAUGGUGAAGGAAGUGUUGCAGUUUCUGGACAUCAAAGCAGGGCAGGUGGUCCUGGACUUGACCUUUGGGGCCGGAGGUCACUCGAAGGCCAUCCUGCAGUCGGUUCCAGGGGUAACGGUGGUGGCGGCAGAUCGUGACCCCACAGCUUUCCAAAUGGCUCAGCAUUUAGCUGAAGAAUACCCGGGCCAGGUGAAGCCAGUACUAGGUAGGUUCAGUGAGCUGAAUAACCUGCUCCCAGCACUGGGUUUGGGUCCAGGAGGUGUGGAUGCUGCCCUUCUGGAUGCUGGAUGCUCCUCCAUGCAGAUGGAUUCAGCAGAGAGGGGCUUCUCCCUCAGCAAGGAUGGACCGCUAGACAUGAGGAUGGAUGGAGACAGGUACCCCGACAUGCCCUGCGCGGCUGACGUGGUCAACGCCUUAGAUCAACAGGCGCUUGCGUCCAUGCUGGCCGCGUACGGGGAGGAGCGGCACACCAGGAAAAUUGCGGCGGCCAUCGCACAGGCACGCAGCGUCUACCCCAUCGGCCGGACCCUGCAACUGGCCAGCAUCGUAGCAGGAGCGUUUCCAGCCAGCGCGCUGUAUGCCCGGCGUGACCGCCUGCAGCGCCCUUCACACGUUGCCACCAAAACCUUCCAGGCCUUACGGAUAUUCGUGAACGACGAGCUCAAUGAGUUGCACGCUGGCCUGCGUGUGGCGCAGACCCUGCUCCGUCCCAAGGGCCGACUCUGUGUUCUCACCUUCCACUCCUUGGAGGACCGGCUGACCAAGCGUUUCCUCCGUGGAGAGGACCUGGCCGCCCCACCUCGCCGCAGCCUUCGCCAGCGAGCCAAAGCCCAGAUUCGGUUAGAGGAAGAGGAGCACGAGGAGGAGGAAGAGAACGAAGAAGAGGAGAAAGGACGAGAGAGCAAAUAUUGGGUCAGUCUGAAGAAGGUGAUAAAGCCAAGUGAGGAAGAGGUGCAGGAAAACCCAAGAGCUCGAUCAGCUAAACUCAGAACAGCAGUAAGACGAUAGAGAACAACGCAAACUCAAACAGAGACAGUGAAACUGAUGCUUUUUACUAAGUUAACUACACUCUCAGGAAAAAGGUACAAAGCUGUCAUUAAGGCUGUAGCCUAAGGUACAAAAGCUAAAAUGUACAUGUACAUCUUUGCACCCUAUUUACCCCUAAAUGGUUCAUAUUAGUACUUAAAGGGUUAGUUCAUCCAAAAAAUUAACAUUAGCCCAUAUUUUACUCACCCUCGAGGCAUCCUAGGUGUAUAUGAAUUUCUUCUUUCAGACGAAUCCAAUCGGCGUUAUAUUAAAAAUUGUUCUUGCUCUUCCAAGCUUUAGAAUGGCAGUAGGCGGGUGUUGGAUAUUUUGGAUAUUUUUCUUACAAAAAACGCAUCGAUUCACUACAGGAGGCCUUUAUUCACCCCCCCGGAGCCGUGUGAGGCAUGUUUUAUUAUGGAUGGAUGUGCUUUAUUUGACUACUUUUGGACUGUUGAAAAAAAAAAAAAAAAACCUACCUGCUGCCAUUAUAAAGCUUUGAAGAGAAAGGAUCAUUUUUAAUAUAACUCCGAUUGGAUUUGUCUGAAAGAAGAAAGUCUUAUACACCUAGGAUGCCUUGAGGGUGAGUAAAACAUGGGCUAAUGUUCAUUUUUGGGUGAACUAACCCUUUAAAAGGCACAUAUUAGAUCUUAAAGUGCAUAUAUUAAUAAUGGCAGUUUUGUCCCUUUCUUGUGUACACAUGUAGUUUUAUUCACAUCAGUGUGAUUCAUUCAUUCUGAAGUAGUACAAAAUAAACAAUAGCACUCCAGACAUCGUUUUUUUUUAUUUGUUGUUCAAAUGUUAGGGGAGUUGCCCUAGUGAACAAUAAAUAUACUAAAAUGUUUUUGAAAUACAUUUUUCAUGCUAAUUACACUACAUUUACAUAUUUAUGUGCUUAAUGAAAAUACCCUGCAAUUGUACUUUUGGUAUACUAAACCGAUAUACUUAAAUUGGAACAACAAAUGUUUGUACUUAAUGCACUUAAAUUGUGUGGAAGUAGUACUGAAGUCCAACUAAAGAUAUAUUUAAGUAUAUUUGAUUGUGCUAAAGUGGAACUAUUGUAAGUAUACUUCUGGUACACUUUAAAUAUCUUGCAUUUAAAGACAUUAUUCAAAGAUCAUACAAUCCUCAUCAAUAGUGACAUUAAAACACAUUUUAGGCUUAAUAUUAAGAAAUGUGCAUUGUGCACAAAUACUCCAAAUAAAGUUGAAUUAUCAUUUUUAUUUCAGAA